AUGGCAUUCCUGAGUACAGAUGAGGCCGUCUUUGCUGUCAUACAGCAGAGCGCUGUCGACGUGGAAUCAGAACAACAGCGUACAAGUAAAGAGCUGUGGACUAAACCAAACUUCAAGACUAUCUGCACUUUGCUCAUCGUCGCUGUGACUCUGGCUGAAGAAGAGAAGAAGGAGGACAGCAAGACGAUAAAGAGAGGACUGCAUGAUUUGGGGUAUGGAGGUGGAAGUUUCGGAUAUGGAGGAGGUCUCUCUUUGGGCGGUCACGGGCAUCUCAGUCUUGGAAGCCAGCACUUCGGCGGCGGUAGUUUUGCCGGAGGGGAGUCCCAUCAUGAGAGUCACGUGAAGGCCAUUACCAUCACCAAAGAAGUGAAAGUGCCCGUCCCGCAUCCAUAUCCAGUGCACGUGGAGAAGAAGGUUCCUGUCCCUGUUAAGGUCCCUGUGCCUGUUCAUGUGGUGAAACCCUACCCAGUACCCGUACCCAAACCCUACCCCGUUUAUAUAGAGAAGAAAGUUCCUUAUCCUGUGGAGAAGAAAGUUCCAUACCCUGUGAAGGUCCCUGUGAAAGUUCCUGUUCCCGUCCCUCACCCCGUUCAUGUCCCUAAACCAUACCCCGUGAAGGUUCCUGUCCCUCAACCCUACCCCGUGAAGGUACCUAUAGUGGUGGAGAAGAAGGUUCCCGUCUUCGUGAAGGGACAUCACCAUGAGUCGAGUUUCGGAGGCGGCCUCGAGGGACACAGCUUCGGAGGUAUAAAAGGAGAACGUGAGAGGAGGGACUUCACAGCAUCACAGUUGCUUCUUCAGCCACAGACACGUGACAGCAACAUGAAGCUCUUCGUAUUCACUUUACUCGUAAGCACUUUGGCUCUGGCUGAGGAGGAGAAGAAGGAGGACAGCAAGACGAUAAAGAGAGGACUGCAUGAUUUGGGGUAUGGAGGUGGAAGUUUCGGACAUGGAGGAGGACUCUCUUUGGGCGGUCACGAGGAUUUCGGUUUUGGAGGUCAUUCUUUCGGCGGCGGUAGUUUUGGCGGAGGGGACUCCCAUCAUGAGAGUCACGUGAAGGCCAUUACCAUCACCAAAGAAGUGAAAGUGCCCGUCCCGCAUCCAUAUCCAGUGCACGUGGAGAAGAAGGUUCCUGUCCCUGUUAAGGUCCCUGUGCCUGUCCAUGUGGAGAAGCCCUACCCAGUACCCGUACCAAAACCCUACCCCGUUUAUAUAGAGAAGAAGGUUCCUUAUCCUGUGGAGAAGAAAGUGCCGUACCCUGUGAAGGUCCCUGUGAAAGUGCCUUUUCCAGUCCCUCACCCCGUUCAUGUCCCUAAACCAUACCCCGUGAAGGUUCCUGUCCCUCAACCCUACCCCGUGAAGGUACCUGUAGUGGUGGAGAAGAAGGUUCCCGUCUUCGUGAAGGGACAUCACCAUGAGUCGAGUUUCGGAGGUGGCCUCGAGGGACACAGCUUCGGAGGACACGACUUCGGAGGACAUGAUUUCGGAGACAUCGGUGGAUUUGGAGGAUAUCACUAACCUCGACGCAGUGACGUUAUCAUCAGAUACAGGGCGAGAAAUUUUAUUUCAUGAAUUAAAUUUGUAAUACAGCCAUUUUGUAAGUUCAGUAACUAGACUACGUAAUGGCUGUAAAGGAAAUAUGCAUACGUUCUAGAUAAUUUGUGUAUGUUAAAAAGUGCAUACACAAUAUCUCCACAGAUGGGAACAGAAAUGUGUCGCUUCUAUAAGACAGGAGCCUGAACUGAAAUGAAUUGCUUUGGAAAACUAGUCAUCUCUUCAGUUCCGUCUUGUUGUCUGAAUUUUUCAUCAGUCAUCAGCCACUAGCAUAAACGCACCAAAUACUUAUUAUUUAUAAAUGCAUUUGUCUUCACUUAGCUUCACGCAUUAUUUUUGU